AUGUGCGUGUAUCUUGCAGACGAAAAAGCCAAGACAUUAGCAGCAUGGCUGUCCUCUUUGGAUUACAAUGCUGUACAACGUAACACACUGAGAAAACGUGUCGGCGAUACUGGACAGUGGUUCCUUGACUCGUCAAAGUUUCGGAGUUGGGUGGAUGGUUCUGGGACGUCUCGCACCUUGUGGUGUCCUGGUGAUCCUGGUGCCGGAAAGACAGUACUCGCCUCCCUCAUCGUGGAUUAUCUACGCCCGCUAGUCGCUCAGAAAAACAUGGCUGUUCUAUGCGUCUUUUGCGACUAUCGAAAUGCAGGAGCGCAGACUGUGACCAGCAUUAUUCGCAGCCUCCUAAAACAACUGAUACCAAUUGAUGCCGGACUUUAUUCCUCGAUCGAAUCCCUGUACGAGAAGUGUCACAACGAUCAAAUAGACCCCUCCCUUGAUGAUCUUGAGGCACAUCUUUCUACUCAGCUGAAAAAAUACUCCCCUGUUUACCUUGUCUUGGACGCUUUGGAUGAGUUUCCUGGUGAUUACGGGGAAUGGAGGAACUUGAUCGCUGCUUUGGAGUCAUUAGGGGACAAUGUUCGUCUUUUGGUGACUUCGAGGAACUACAGUACGAUACGGAAGCUGUUCGAGGGAGACGAUGAGUUGUGCAUUCGAGCAGAGGAUGGUGAUAUUCGGAAAUUCAUAACAAGCCAGCUUGAUGUGGCGGGACGCUUUAACCUGUACCUCAAGGAUCGUGAUGACUUGCGCGAGAAGAUACUCACUGGGGUUGUGGAAAAGGCAAAGGGCAUGUAG